AUGGCGCCCGCCCCGCCCGAGGCCGCCGUGGCGCCAUCCGACUUUAUGGCGGCCUGUGCCGAGUGCGAAGAAGGGCGGCCGCAACGGCUCCGUGUGCUUCUGGCCUCUGGCUCUGGCCUCCGGAUCGAGGGCGCUUCUCCCCUGGCCGCUGCGGUGGCGCUGACGGCCCCAGCUGCUUUGCGUGAAGUGCUGGCAGCCCUGAGGCCUUUGGCUCCCAGCCUCGACGCCUUGGAUGCCCAGGGCCACGCGCCCCUCCACGCGGCCGCGGAGCUGGGCUGCGCCGGCUGCGUGCAGGCGCUGCUGUGGGCGCGAGCCGACUGUGCACGGCACACGGAGGAUGCCAGCUAUCAGCUUGGCCAAAUGACCACGGUAUACAACGAGGGCGGGCGGACAGCCCUGCACAUCGCUGCCUGCUCGGGCAAGGAGGACGUUGUCGAGAAGUUGCUUGAAGCAGGUGGUCCCAGCCUCCGCGAACAGCGAGACAGCUUCGGCAUGCGGGCCUGCGACUUGGCAGAGGAGCAAGUUGCUCUGGCGGCGGUUGCGCAGCUUCCCCGACACCAGCGCGUGCUAGAGCUUCUGGGGGGUGGGCGGGACCCCGCGCUGGCGGCCGAAGAAGCCCGCCGGCGUCGCCAAGGGCGGCUGGCAGAGCUGCGUCGGCGAGUUAGCGAGAAGCAGGUCGAAAGCCACCACCGGCAGGUCUGCGCCACACGCCAGGCUGUGAGCGAAAGAUACUCAGCCCUGGAUGCAGAAGUAGCAUCUGGGCAGCUACAGAAUUCAGUGGGGGAGGACAUCGUCGCAUGGUCGUGCCAGCUGGGAGCGUGCGCAUUUCAGAGGAUGCCGGCAGUGACUGGGUCUCGCAUCUCCGGAAUGGAGGAGCCGAUGCCUGGGGUGCUGGUUUUUCAGCUACUGGGGGCUGGCCUAUGCACCAGGAUCUGGGCUGAAACCGAGCAUUACAUCUCGCAAGCAGAGGAGAAGAGCUUGCCUAUGCCAGUGCGGCAUGACGGUUGCCUCGAUGUCUCGCAGAUCUUUCCCGAGCUGCUCGGCCACCUGACAGCGGCAGCACGGCCGGCCUUUACCCAGCUCGGCUUCCAGGACAUCCGACUACGCCACGCCUUCCGCACCAAGAACUUUGUGGGUCGCGAGGAGGUGUUUGCGCGGCACGUGGACAAGUACGCCGUCACGCUCAACGUGUGCUUGCGGCGGACAGCCGGCUUGCAGGGAUCCAGGGUCUUCUUCUUCGGCUCGCAAGAUGCGACGGAACCGGCCUACUGCCAUGAGCACCAGGUGGGAUUGGCUGUCAUCCACUCGUCCAAGGAGUGGCAUCAAACUGAGAAGCUGUUCAUGGGUGAGCGGGGCUCUUUGAUCAUGUGGUACGAGAUGGGUUAG